AUGGGGAGACAGGGCAGCACCCAAGGUGGGGAGUCUGGCUCGGGGCCAGGGUCAGUCUGGGGUCCCUGUGUCAUUUUAGCCAGGUCCCCUGGGGCUAGUGAGCUCCAGUUCAUCCCUGCUGGGAUUGGGAAGGCUCUGCUCUGUGGCAUCCCUGCAAGGGCCACCUUGCUGGAGCUGGCAGCCUGUCCUGCCGGCACCGUGUGGCUCUGUGGCUCACGCAGUGGGGACUCCCUCCUGGCCCUCUCCAAGCCCCUGCUACCCGCCGCAGUCUCAGUGCAGAACCUGCACCUCUGCGAGGGCUACGUUGGCCGUGACGGCCGCUCCCACCCCGGCUUCUACUGCCCACGGCUGACUGACCCUCCCGGCCACCGCUACUGCUGCCAGCCCAGCCCGCGCGCCCUCAAGUCCUGCUGCUCCCAGCUGGCCCUGGAGGCCCUCACCGGGGUGAACCUCUCCAGCCUGGCCAGCCCUGAGCUACUCCGGAACCCACUGGCCUUGCCCUUCGUUGGGCUCUACGGGCUCCUUGUCCUCCUGCUCAUGACCAUCGACCUCUGCCACUUCUACUGGACCCGACGCUGCCACCUCGGCCGCCUCCUGCCCUGCGCCCGCUGCCCACCCUGCAGACCCCGGGGAGGGCACCUGCCCCGUGCCCAGCCUUCCCACGGUGCCCCCAGCCUGCCACGCCCCAGCCGGGGCUGUUGAGGGGGUCCCGCGGGUGGGGCAGGGGUGUAGGGGUGGUGGCACUCGCCCCCGGGG